AUGUCGUCAAUUUCGCUUGGUGCAGACGAGUGCAGGAUAGCGCUGGUGAUUGGCCAGCAGGCUUAUGUUGACGAGAAGUUCGUCAAGUUGAAGUACUGCCUCCGUGAUAUAGAGGAAGUGGAGUUCACGCUCACAGUUUCCUGUGGCUUCAAAGUCAUACCAUACAGAAAUGCUACGCACAGCGACAGACAUAAUGAUUUUCAGACACUCCAGAAGCUGCUUGUGCAAGCGAUUCAACCUGCUAGGCGCGUCCUUGUUCUCGUAUACUAUGCCGGUCAUGCAGUCAGCAUUGCGGGGCAGAGUUAUUUCAUCCCGGUGGACGCAAAGCAAGGGGACGUUAGCAAGUAUAUCAACGUGUACAACUUCCUGCAGCCCCUCCACGACCUCAUCUGCACUGUUAAUCAGUCACGUGCACAGCGCACCGCAGAAAAGAUGACUGCCGAGCCUGUGCCAGGGGCUGUCGUGCUUUUGAUCCUGGAUGGAUGCAGGGAUGCUCCACCAAAAGCAGCAACUGGUCUUCCUGCUAAGGAGCCUUCACCGGUGGGCUCAGAAGGGGGCCAGGCUGAAUCUGCCACCAUGAGCCAGAUUGACAUGCAGGACAUGGUGCACAAAUUGGCUUCUAGCAGACUCAAGGGGACCAACUCGCAGUUCUGUGUUUUCUUUGCAUGCGAUGAUGGCUCCUGUGCGCGAGAAUGUGAAACCUCAGAGCAUGGUUUUCUUACUGAAGCCUUCCUGCACUGCAUUGACGCAUGUCCGGGCAUUGGCCUUCGGGAGCUCUUCGAGAAGAUGGCCUUGCGGUGUCAGCUGCGCACUAAUUGUAUGCAGCGCCCGUGGAUCUACGACUGCUGCCAUAGCCUAUCUUGCGUAGUGCUCCAUCAGCCCUGGCCAAAAUCCGGAAGCUCAGAUCCAGCGAUGUCCAAAGAAGCAAUCGAGAGAUCAUGCCCGGAUGCUGCAUUGAAAUUGCUUCUCGACAUGCUGAAGUCCUGCGUUGGCAACAUCAAGGGCAUUACCAAGGCUGGUGAGGUGCUUGAUCCUGAAGAGUUGCAGACCCAGAUAAAGCUGGUGCAAGAUGUGGUUGCCCGCCUGCUCCAACAAGAAGGGCUUCGUCAAGAAGCAAUGUCUGUUGCGGUUGACCUUUUGAGAGGUCUUCAAUGCUUGCUUCCAAAUCAUCGAGCUGUGCCCGCUUUGAUGACUCGGGUGCGUGCCUGUGCCUGGCAGGAAGCUGCAAGGCGUCUCUUCGGCGGCACUCCUGUGGCCAGCGAUGUCCAGCGUGGCAUUGAUGAAGGGAAAGACCUCCUUCAUCAAAUGUCGGUCACGGUAGUGGUUGUCGGACCCACCUCGUCCGGCAAGAGCACCAUGGUCAACGCACUUUUCGGACGCAAGGUUUGCCCAAUGGGAAAUACUCCCACCUCAUUAUUGCCCGUUGCCUUCACAGCAAACGCUUCAAUUGCCAGCUUUCAAGUCAUCCCACGAGGGCAUGGACUUCGUGACUGCUUGGUCCACCAGCUGGAGGGCAAAGAGCUUCAUAACCUCACUAGUGACGAGGCCCAUGCUCUGAUUGAUUCUUGCGACGAGACCCUCAGAAAGCUCAUCUCAGACAGCCAGCUUUGCCCUGAAAACUUGUCUGACUUCGCAUCCUGGCACAUUGAGGUCUUGGUGGCUCAGAGGGAGGAAGGCUUGGCAGUGCUGCAAGUGAGCAAACCAGACAGCUUGGCGCCUUUUUCCGAUCGCAACAAGGCCCUUGCCUUCUUUGGUGGCUCCUUCCCCAACAAGGAUGUUUUUCUUAUCAUCACGAAGGUUGAGGGCUUUGCAGAGCGGACAAAGGCGGAGGAGUGGUUGGACCAGAACACGCCUUCCCUUCGGGACAUGCAGGUCAAGCGACAGUAUUUUAUCAAUGCAGGUGCCCUCUUAGCAUACCAGAUAUGUCAAGAAAGAGGUUGGAAACUGUUGCCACAGCAUGCGUCUACAGAUUUCGAGCAAAACAUCGAAGAGGUCAAGCUCUGUGUCAAGCCAGUCUUGCAAACCCUUGACGUCAGGGACGACGUUGAGGAUUACAAAUCAGAGCGUCAAAACGUGUGGAGAAAGCUGAAUACCCUGCACAACAGGACAUGGUCAGACAACAGCAUCUUCAAAGAUGAACUGGAAAAGCAUGUUUGCCGCACAUGGCCGGAUUUGUUUUGCGGAAAAGUCCGAAGCUUCGUUCUGGAUGCCUUGCGAAAUCCGAUUGUGCGACUUCGCCAAGCUAUGCAAGAGGCAGAACUAGAGCAACAGGCCGCAAACGCGGCGAAGCACGGAGCACAGGAGUUCCUUCUCCAGAACCCAUGGUGCAGCCAGGCUCAGCAACUGUGUUCUGAGGUGCGUGAGCUUGUGUUGGAUCGCAUCAAUUUCUUCUGCGAUUUAGUGGACGAAGGACCUACAGACUGGUUCGACCAUGGCCACAGGAAUGUACACUGGAACACAAUAGAACAGAUAGCUGAUGCUGACGUAGCGGCUGCGUGUCGCAAGUGCAAUCACCACGCAAGCAGCAGGAGCCACACACAAGGCAUGCGCUUUGACACAAUCACGGACGCAAAGCCCUUCCUGACAAGUUUCGGAAGGUGGGUAUGCCAGCUGACACACACAGAGCUGGACAAAGUGUAUGAACUGCUUCAUAACGCAUUCGAGCAGCUGAGGGCCCAUGGCGUGCAUUUACCCAUGACCAGAGCCCGGCCGGGUGCCCAUGACUCAUCCCUCAUGCACGUGCCAGAUGGUGCUCUCCAGAGUGUUGCCCCGACAGACCGCGUGCUUCCUGUCGCAUCCGUUGCCGGUGCAGCAGCGGGCAGCUCUGCAGCUCUUGGUGCUGUGGCAACCAUCGCCGCCACGGCAUUCGUUGGGGCGCCAGCAGCAAUCCUGACCGUAGCUUACCGGGUAGACAAGUUUGGUGAGCGGUUCGUGAACGAUGCGCUCUAUGGGUGGUUCAAGCAGUUGUCCGGCAACGACUUCGUCAACAUAUGCGGAGAGCACUUGCGCAAUGUUGCCGAGGAGGAAGUAUCAAAGGAAAUACAGAAGACCGAGAACGAGGUCUUGAGAGAACUUGAGCGGGCCAAGAAUGCCUUGAACAGCGCAGCGGGAGAACGUGUGAGAGAUGCUGAGGCAUCAUUGCAAGAGGCAGCGAACAUGCUCGAGUCCACGACGCGUGCUCAAGAGUCACUUAGCCUGGUUCGUGUAUGA